AGAGUUACGAAGACUCCUUGAUGCGUUUGGGUUGUAGCAAGGCUUUUUCUUUUCUUUUUCAUUUUUCUUUUAUACCUAGAAAAGGAGAAGCAAGAACCUUAAGAUCUCAUUUUUCACUCCCUGUUCUCGCCCUUGGUUUUUUUUUUUUUUUUUUUUUUUUUUACCGUGUUUGUGCAUUUUAAAGGCGAAAAAACGAGCGGAACAAAACCCUCGGAUCCAUCCAUCAUUGUGGGUGGUUUUAAUUUUUCCGUUUUUCUCUUAGUUUUUUUAAACAACCAAUCUUCACAAUGAAUAAAUUGUAUAUCGGAAACCUCAGCGAGAACGCUGUUCCUUCGGACCUAGAAAGUAUCUUCAAGGACGCGAAGAUCCCAGCGUCGGGACCCUUCCUGGUGAAGACGGGCUACGCGUUCGUGGACUGUCCGGACGAGAACUGGGCCCUCAAGGCCAUCGAAACGCUUUCAGGUAAAGUGGAGCUGCAUGGGAAACUCGUAGAAGUUGAGCACUCGGUCCCCAAAAGGCAAAGGAUUCGGAAACUUCAGAUACGAAAUAUCCCGCCUCACUUACAGUGGGAGGUGCUGGAUAGUUUACUAGUCCAGUAUGGAGUGGUGGAGAGCUGCGAGCAAGUGAACACUGACUCCGAGACGGCAGUUGUAAAUGUAACCUAUUCCAGUAAGGACCAAGCUAGACAAGCAUUAGACAAACUGAAUGGAUUCCAGCUGGAGAACUUCACGUUGAAAGUGGCCUACAUCCCUGAUGACAUGGCUGCCCAGCAGAACUCCUCCCAACAGCCCCAAAGUCGCCGUGGGCUUGGGCAGAGGGGUUCAUCGAGGCAGGGAUCCCCAGGAUCAGUGUCCAAGCAGAAACCAUGUGACUUGCCUCUUCGGCUAUUGGUUCCCACCCAGUUUGUGGGAGCCAUCAUAGGAAAAGAAGGUGCCACCAUUCGGAACAUCACCAAACAGACCCAGUCUAAAAUCGACGUCCAUCGUAAAGAGAACGCAGGUGCUGCGGAGAAGUCCAUUACUAUCCUCUCCACUCCCGAAGGCACCUCUGCGGCUUGUAAAUCUAUUCUGGAGAUUAUGCAUAAAGAAGCUCAAGAUAUAAAAUUCACAGAAGAGAUUCCCUUGAAGAUUUUAGCCCAUAAUAACUUUGUAGGCCGACUUAUUGGUAAAGAAGGAAGAAACCUUAAAAAAAUUGAACAAGACACAGACACUAAAAUCACAAUAUCUCCAUUGCAGGAAUUGACGUUGUAUAAUCCGGAACGCACCAUUACAGUUAAAGGCAGUGUUGAAACAUGUGCCAAAGCUGAAGAAGAGAUAAUGAAGAAAAUCAGGGAGUCUUAUGAAAAUGAUAUUGCUUCUAUGAACCUUCAAGCACAUUUAAUUCCUGGAUUAAAUCUGAAUGCCUUGGGUCUGUUCCCGCCCACUUCAGGGAUGCCACCUCCUACUCCAGGGCCCCCUUCAGCCAUGACUCCUCCUUAUCCACAGUUUGAGCACUCAGAAACAGAGACUGUUCAUCUGUUUAUCCCAGCCUUAUCGGUCGGUGCCAUUAUUGGCAAGCAAGGACAGCAUAUCAAACAGCUAUCUCGAUUUGCAGGAGCUUCAAUUAAGAUCGCUCCAGCUGAAGCACCAGAUGCAAAAGUGAGGAUGGUGAUUAUUACCGGGCCCCCAGAGGCUCAGUUCAAGGCUCAGGGAAGAAUUUAUGGAAAAAUUAAAGAAGAAAAUUUUGUUAGUCCUAAAGAAGAGGUGAAACUUGAAGCUCAUAUCAGAGUGCCAUCCUUUGCUGCUGGCAGAGUUAUUGGAAAAGGAGGCAAAACGGUGAAUGAGCUCCAGAAUUUAUCAAGUGCAGAAGUUGUUGUCCCUCGUGAUCAGACACCUGAUGAGAAUGACCAAGUGAUUGUCAAAAUAACUGGUCACUUCUAUGCUUGCCAGCUUGCCCAGAGAAAAAUUCAGGAAAUUCUGACUCAGGUAAAGCAACACCAACAGCAGAAGGCUCUGCAAAGUGGGCCACCUCAGUCAAGAAGAAAAUAAAGGCUCAGGAAACAGCCCACCACAGAGGCAGAGAUGCCAAACCAAAGACAGAUUGCUUAACCAACAGAUGGGCGCUCAACCCCUACCCAGAAUCACAUGCACAACUUGUACCUAGCCAGUCGUUUCUUUGAGGACCAGGCAACUUUUGAACUCCUGUCUCUGUGAGAAUGUAUACUUUUUGCUCUCUAAGAUGUAUGACACCCAGCUUUAAAA